GGCAUCUGUCCUACAUCUCGCGCCUCACGAUGAUCGCGGCGGCGUUUCUGGUGCUGCUGCGGCCCUACAGCAUUCAAUGCGCGCUGCUCUUAUUGCUGCUGUUGCUCGGGACUAUUGCGACGAUUUUGUUUUUCUGCUGCUGGCACCGCAAGCUCCGCAAUGGGAAGCAUCCGAUAAAAUCAGUGCUGUCCGGACGCGCCAGGAGCCGCGUGGGCCUCCGAACUCAUCAUUUCCGAGAGGGCUUCAGGCACAGUCCACGUCACGCUAGAAGGAUCACACACGCCAGAGGGACAGAAGAAAAACCCAAUCUGGUCGAGAUUCCCGAAAGCGAACCCGAUUCAUCCUCGACUCUAAGAAAACGGAAAGUGAAGAAGAGAGUCCAGCCAGAGUUUUACCAGUCUGUACAAGUCACCCCGACACGCAGACCUAGCUCCAGUUCGGGGAACCCUUCCCUGCACUGCUCCAUGUCUUCCUCGGCGGACAUCUCCGACGAGGAUGAUUACAGUGUGAAAUCCGGGUCGGCAUCACCUGCACCCGGGGACACUUUACCGUGGAACCUGCCCAGACAUGAGCGGUCCAAGAGGAAGAUCCAGGGAGGAUCCGUGCUGGACCCGGCGGAGAGAGCCGUGCUCAGGAUCGCAGAUGAAAGAGACAGAGUGCAAAAGAAGACAUUUACAAAAUGGAUAAACCAGCAUCUGCUGAAGGUACGGAAGCAUAUAAAUGACCUGUAUGAAGACCUACGAGAUGGACACAACCUGAUCUCACUGCUGGAGGUUUUGUCUGGCGACACAUUGCCAAGGGAGCGUGAUUUUCUGAGGACGUUGCGGUUGGUGAGUGGGACAGAAGCAUGUGCAGUUGAGCAGCAUGGAGACGCGGUGGAUGAUGAUCAGGGGCCUCGGGAGAGGGGGAGGAUGCGCUUCCACAGACUCCAGAAUGUACAAAUAGCACUGGAUUAUUUAAAGAGGCGGCAGGUCAAACUUGUAAACAUCCGGAAUGAUGACAUCACAGACGGCAACCCAAAACUUACCCUGGGAUUGAUCUGGACCAUAAUUCUGCACUUUCAGAUCUCGGAGAUCCAUGUGACAGGGGAGUCGGAGGACAUGACGGCCAAGGAGAGGCUUCUGUUCUGGUCCAGGCAGAUGACAGAUGGCUACGUAGGCGUCCGUUGUGACAACUUCACAACCUCCUGGAGGGAUGGGAGGCUCUUUAAUGCCAUCAUUCAUAAAUACAGGCCGGAUCUGGUUGACAUGAGCUAUGUGUCGACACAGGCCAACCGAUCAAAUUUGGAGAAUGCCUUUUGUGUUGCCGAGCGGCUGGGGGUGGCCAGACUGCUGGACCCCGAGGACGUAGACGUUCAGUCACCCGAUGAAAAAUCUGUCAUCACAUACGUCUCAACCCUGUACGAUGCUUUCCCAAAAGUACCCGAUGGAGUGGAUGGAAUCAAUCCUAAUGAUGUUGACAUCAAAUGGGUGGAGUACCAGAACAUGAUCAAAUACCUCAGCCAGUGGAUCAGACACAAUGUGGGCAUAAUGUCAGAUCGAUCAUUCCCAAACAACCCGGUUGAACUCAAGGCACUUUAUACACAAUAUCUCCAGUUUAAAGAACAGGAAAUCCCGCUGAAAGAGAAUGACAAGACAAAAAUCAAGAAUCUCUAUAAAAUGCUUGAGAUGUGGAUCGAGUUUGGACGUAUUCAGUUACCCCCGGGUCAUCACCCUAACGACGUGGAGAAGGAAUGGGGUAAAUUGAUUGUCGCUAUGCUGGAAAGAGAGAAGAGUCUGAGGCCUGAGGUGGAAAGGCUUGAGAUGUUGCAACAGAUUGCCAACAGGGUCCAGCGGGACUGUGUCCAUGGCGAGGACAAGCUGGCACUUGCAAGAACCGCUCUGCAGUCUGAUGCAAAACGUCUCGAGUCUGGUAUUCAGUUCCAGAAUGAAGCUGAGGUUGCUGGCCACCUUUCGGAGUGUGAGAAUAUCCUCAGGCAACAAGUGGUGGACAUCCAAAUUCUUCUCGAUGGGAAAUUCCCUUUUGCAGAUCACCUUGUCCAAAGGGUGUCGAAACUCCGCGAUGAACUUCUUGCCCUGAGAGCAGACAGUUCUUCUGUGUACAGCAAAUGUCGCACACUGACGACAGAACAAACCAAAAUGAUGAUCUCAGGCAUCACGCAGAGCCUGAACUCUGGCUUCUCUCAGAACAUCAACCCAAGCCUGACGCCAGGCCUGAACCCUGCACUCACCUCGGGGGGGUUAGGUACCCCUGGGCUCACAUUCACCUCUAGCCUUACGCCGUGCCUGACCCCCGGUCUGCAGCCCGCUUCAGUCCAGAGCUACAUGGGCGGCGGCGGUGGCAUGGACCCGGGCAGCCUCCGGCAUCUGAAAAGCAUGCAGAUCCGCAAGCCCUUACUGAAAUCCUCACUGGCCGACUCCAACAUGACAGAAGAGGAGGUCAACAUGAAGUUUCUGCAGGACCUUCUGAGCUGGGUGGAAGAGAUGCAGGUGCAGCUGGAUCGUUCCGAGUGGGGAUCUGAUUUGCCAAGUGCGGAACUGCAUUUAGAAAACCACAAAAGUGUACAUAGUGCCAUUGAAGAAUUUCAAAUGAGCCUUAAAGACGCAAAACUGAGUGAAAUUCAGAUGACCAUCCCCAUGAAAAUAACAUAUUCAGACAAACUGAACCAACUAGAAAAGCAGUAUGAACGGCUCUUGAGCUGUUCACGGGAGCGACAGAGCCACCUGGAAAGCCUGCAUGACUUUGUGUCACAAGCAACUCAGGAGCUCAUCUGGCUGAAUGAGAAGGAGGAAGAGGAAGUUGCCUUUGACUGGAGCGAUCGCAACGGCAACAUAUCCAAGAAAAGAGACUACCAUGCUGAUCUGAUGAGGGAGCUGGAUGAACAGGAGGAAGUGAUCAAGUCUGUGCAGAACAAGGCAGAGCGCCUAAUGCUCAAGAACCACCCAGCCAGGCUCACUAUUGAAGCGUAUAGGGCUGCCAUGCAGACACAGUGGAGCUGGAUUUUACAGCUCUGCUCAUGCGUAGAACAGCAUCUCAAAGAGAAUGCAGUUUAUUUUGAGUUUUUCCGGGAUGCGAAAGAGUCCUUGGAUUACCUUAAGAGCCUGCAAGAUGCCAUUCAACGAAAGUACAGCUGUGAUCGAUCGAGCAGCUUACACAGACUGGAGGAUCUCCUCCAGGAGUCCAUGGACGAGAAGGAGCAGCUUCUUCAGUACCGCAGCACCGUGGCUGGGUUAGUGGGCAGUGCCAAGAAUAUCGUGCAGCUCAGGCCUAGAAACCCUGAAAGCCCAGUGAGAUCCUCCAUUCCCGUCAAAGCCAUCUGCGACUAUCGUCAGAUAGAGAUUACCAUCUACAAAGAGGAUGAGUGCGUACUGGCCAGUAACUCUCACCGGGCCAAGUGGAAAGUCAUCAACCCAGCAGGCAACGAGGCCAUGGUGCCCUCUGUUUGUUUCACUGUGCCUCCACCCAACAAAGAGGCUGUUGACAUGGCUACAAGAAUUGAACAGCUAUACCAGAACGUCCUGGCACUGUGGCACCAUUCCCACAUCAACAUGAAGAGCGUGGUGUCUUGGCAUCACCUGGUGGCUGACAUACAUGCCAUCCGCAACUGGAACGUGGCUUCAAUAAAGACCAUGUUACAAGGGGAGCAUCAACAGGUCUUGAGCAACCUGCAGUCCCACUUUGAGGAGUUUCUCGAAGCCAGUGAGGAGUCCGAGGUGUUCACAGUGGCCGACUGUGGCCAGCUAGAGAGAGACGUCGCGGCCUGCAAAGAGUACUACGAGGAAUUACUCAGAUCUGCAGAAAGAGAGGAACAGGAGGAGUCGGUUUAUAAUCAUUACAUCUCAGAGAUGCGCAACUUCCGAAUGCAUCUGGAGGCCUAUGAAGAACAUCUCAUCAGGCAACUUCGCACACCGCUGGAGAGAGACGACCUGGAGCAGAGUCUGCAUCGCAUCACAGAACACGAGAAGAAGACAGCGGAGUUGAAUAAACUGAAGGAGGACCUUGACGUUAUGAAAGAGAAGUGUGAGCUGUUCCUCCAACAGGCUGCAGGUUCUCCUUCGGUACCAAAACUCUCCUCUGAACUCAGCGUCCUCAUUCAGAGCAUGAGCCAAGUGCACUCCAUGUCUUCCAUCUACAUGGACAAACUGAAAACAGUGAGCUUAGUAGUGAGGCACAGCCAGAGUGCAGAGGCGCUAGUGAAGGCUUACGAAUCCAAACUCUAUGAGGAAGACGCUAUGAACUCUGAGGUCAGGUCCAUCGAGACCGUCAUUUCAACACUUAAGCAAUGGCGGACAGAGAUCGAUGAGAGGCAGGAGGUUUUCCAUGACUUGGAGGAUGGGCUGCACAGAGCACGGGUCGUCGGUGACCGCAUGUUUAGGGCACAUAACGAGCGUGACUUUGAUCUGGAUUGGCACAAAGAGAAAGCUGAUCAGCUGAGCGAGAGAUGGCAGAACAUUCACUCCCAGAUCGAUGGCAGGCUUAAGGACCUGGACGGCAUCAGCAAUUCUCUGAAACACUACAGAGAGUCCUACAGCAGUCUUGAUCAAUGGGUUAGAGAAAUGGAAGCAGCACAGAUAAAGGCCCAAGAAAACAAACCUGACGACAGCAAGGCCCUGUCUGAGCUGUUAAACCAACAGAAGGUCCUUGUUGGUGAAAUUGAAAAAAAGCAGAGCAGAAUUGAUGAGUGUCAGAAGUACUCAGAGCAGUACUCAUCCGCCAUUAAGGAUUAUGAACUUCAGCUGAUGACCUUCAGAGCAAUGGUUGACUCUCAGCACAAGUCCCCUCUCAAGAAACGGAGGAUGCAGAGUUCUUCUGAUGCCAUUCAGCAGGAGUUUAUGGAUCUUCGAACCCGCUACACUGCUCUUGUAACUCUCAUGACACAGUAUGUGAAGUUUGCCAGUGAAACACUGAGGAGAACCGAAGACGAAGAGAGGUCUGUUGACGAGGAGAAGAGAGAGCACGGUGAUAAAGUUAGCAAACUGUUGCACUGGAUGUCCAAUGUGAAGCAGACCCCGAGCAAUGACAGGAAUGCUCUGACAGAUAGCAAUGCCAACACAGAUGCUUCUAAUGAGCCCCAGGUGUCAGUUGAGGAAAUGGUCACUAAGAAGGAACAAAUCGCUGAAGCCCUGAGAGCCACACAAAUGAUGCUGAACAAACACAGCGACAAAAUGACAGAGGAGGAGAGAGAAAAGGCCCAGGAGCAGCUGAAGGCGCUUAAUGAGGCCUACACUGAUCUCUCCGAUCAGACAACUUCUGCAGAAGAGGAUUUGAAACCCAGUGGUGCAGCGCUUGGGAUCGGACCCACGAGUGGCCUGAUGGAUCAGAUUACCGGGGCCGCCCGACCCGCGACCUCCGACUUCCCUCACUCUGAGCAGUAUGUGUGCCUGGAUCGAGAUGCUGCUUUCGACCAAGAUCUCCUCUCUAAAUCCACGCUGGAUCACUUGCCAAGCCUGAACGAAUCAAGCGAGUGCGCAGACGUCUCCUCUGUUUUGCUCUCUGACGUGGCAGCAGCUAGGGGAGCGGCCGGCUGUGAAGACCCGGUCAUCAAGAUGAUAGAAGUCAAAGAAGUCCCUGAUGGUUUGAAUGCGCGCUACACGGGGGAAGCACUCACCCUGGAGAGUGCUUUUCGGUGCGGUUUAAUAUCUGCUUCUGUCUACUCGGAGAUCAUUCAGAGGCAAAAGACGAUUCAGGUUAAGCUUAAUCCCAGCGCUGCUGAAGACGUGUCACUCUUAGAGCCAGUGCAGGAAGUUAAUAGACUUCUAUUGCAGUGCCUCAGCAAAGAUAAAUCACUGACAUCCGGGAGGGGUGUUAACACUUUGAGGUCUUUUUCUGAUGGUGUAAGGGAUCAGGAGACCAUGUCAGAGGAAGUAAUGAGUAUUAUUGAAGGCCUGAAGGUGGAUGCAGCCAUUCAGUGUGAUUUGAUGCGCUCUGGCAGCACGCUCGUUGUGCUUGAAAAUCAGGAGCAGCUCGUGGGACUCGUGUUUCCCCGCGGGGAAAUCCUGUCAGUGUCCACCUCUUCCCAGUGUGACCAACAAAUCACCAGUGACGAGUUCACCAGCACGGUGUUUAGUAAUCGGCAAAAGAUAGCAGCUUUUUACAUUCCAGAAAACUCAGAGGUAGUCGACAUCAACUGCGCCGUACGGAAUGGUUUCAUUGACACUCACACGGCAGAGAUUCUGAAAUCUGUAGAAAUCCCAGACGUGUUUCCUGAGGUCGAUCACCUUAACGAGAAGUUUUCCUCUUGGCUAAUGUACAAAAAACUCCGACUAGAUGGAUGCCAUCACGCUGCAGAUUGCUUGGAGGUCGACUGCAUCCCGACUCCUGCGGAGGCAACUCAGCUAUUCAUCUCUUACCUGACGUUGAACAGUUACAUUGAUCCCGAGUCACGACAGAGGGUCCUCAUACUUGAUAGACAGCUCAGUGAAAUGGUUAAGAUUUUUCUUGAGGAUUUGGUAAUGUUUGAGAACAAAAAUGCAACUUCAUUGACUUUAAAUGUUGGGGCGCUUUCAGAGCGGCUAGAUUUAGAGGCCCCGCUGCACAUCAGUGAGGAGACAGAGGAGUUGAUGGAACACAGGCAACAAGCAUUUGAUGAGCAGAAUUCUGAUUGGUCGCUCAAUGGAAGAAUCAACAUCGAUGAAGAAAAAUCUGCAAAUGAUGAGGCUCCAAAACCGGAAACUUUAGACGAUGACCUUGGAAUGGACACGUUACACAACAACCACACAAACGGGACAACGUCAGAUGACUUGGAUGAAAGAGGCUACCGAAUUCACGAUGAAGGUUCUGAUAGUGAAGGCUUACGUCAAAGGUUUAGUCCGACUUCAUGCUCUCCAAACCGAACAAAUGGUGGCCCUCCGCCGACGAUGGUCGACUCCGUCCGUCAAACGCUUCCACAAGAAGACACAGCGUCACUUUGCAGUGAAUCACGAGGUACAGAUAUUACCCGCGAUGAAAUUUUACACUCCGGUUGCUUGUUGGAGCGCCAAAAAGAACAAGAUUGUGCUAUUAAACUUCUGAAAACACCAAUGGGGGAACGUGGCCUUUUAGAUGCCACCUGUGGCCGGCGUUGUGACCUCGAGGGAGCUCUUAGUGAGGGACUAGUUAAUGAGACAACGCUGAUAAAAUUGCUUGACCUGCAGUUACAUGAAAACAAAAGUGUUGUAGGAGACCAGGAGGACACUAUGCAUGUUUUAGAACAGCCCGUGUCGGAUGCAUCCAUAGGCUCAAACAUUGCUCUUAGUGUAAUAGAGGAGACACUCGGUUUUAUGUCUGGUUGCCCCAUCAGCACCAGUGAGUCAUUGCAGCCUGGAACACUUCAAGAUGACUUAGACUCUGAAGCCAACAGCUUCCCGGAAGAAAGCUUCACUCACUCUAUCUGUGAUGAUCAACAUUUAAAUCUUAAUAGUGAGGCUGAAGGCCUUCAGACUGAGAGGAUGGAGGGUGUUAAGGUGCUUGAUAUGUCUAAUGAGGAGGAUAAUAUUAAAGAAGGAGGGGAAGAAGAGGAAGAGGUAGAUUGUCAAACAACAGGAGAUGUAGAUGAGGUGAGUAAUUAUCUCCAUCAUUCCUCACUCUCAGUCAGCGAUCAUGAGUCUCUGAUGAGCUCACCCUCCCCGCGGAGUCGGUUUACUGCAGAGUGUCGUCACCUCAGUGACGAUGCGCCUUUGCUAUCUGAGGACAGUGACUCCCAGGUUGUAAUCAACAGUCAGCCGACGGAUAUGCAUGUUGUGAUGGAAAACCUUGCUCCAUCCCCACAGUCACGUCCAUCUAGCGCUGCUCCAGAAAGCCAGACUCAAUAUUCAGUUUCUGAUAACCACUCCAAAUCUGACAGCUCACCUAUUGAUGAAGAUUUUUUUCAAGUGGGAGUCAGGGAGGGUGAAUUAGACAUCCUCUCAUCACGAAGCGGCUCUGAGAAAUGCUCAGCACAGCCAACUCUGAGCGCAGAUCCCUUAUCGCCCAGAGAUUUGGUCAAAAGUGCAGUCAUCUCAGCGUCCAGGGGAAACAUAGACAACGGUGAUGACAUCACAGGAGAUGGCAGCAGAAUGACAUUACCUCAGCAAGCAGGACGUCAUUCAGAAAGUGAGUUUAGUGUUGGAUCUGAGCCCCGCCGCUCUCAAAAUGGUCGGAGCGAGCUCGUUGGUGAGAGAGUAGAGUCACCCGUUGUUUCCAAUGAGGUCGUCUCAGCAAAUAAUCUUAAACGCCUUAGUGGAGAUGAAGAGUACUGUACUAAAACUACCAGCGGAAUGUCUCUUGAAACAAUAUUGGCUGGCAAGGAUUUAGGACGCAGUGCUGCAGAGGAGGUUGAGUCAAGUGCAGACGGCCUUUCCUCAGAGGGGCAGCGUGCGGACACCUUCACACUCACCACUGAUACUGAGCAGAUCUCCGUCUCCACAUACCAACAGGCGGCGAAUGUUUCCGCGUUAGAAAUGAACUCGGGACACUCUGAAACUAUCCCGGGAUUAGGUUUAGGAUCUCAUAUUGUCCAAGAGGAAAAACGAUUACCUGCGUGUGCUUCUGAGCAUGUCCAGGUCAAAAACACAGAUCUCCUGUCAGAGAGCUGCGUUGCCUCUGAUGGUUCCUCAUCAGCGUUUUCUAAUGAUGUCCUGACCCAUGUGGACGGGGGCGACGGGAUUACAAAGGGGACUGAUGUCAGAGAUUUGCAAAACGCACGGUUUCGAGACACCGGAAGCUCUAUUGCAGUAUUUCCGAACACUCCACACCCUUUAGACGAAGGUCCUCCUCAGGAGAAAGACAGGCCCCGUGCACUUUUAGCGAGCAGUAACCCGGACCUUCUCAUGGAUGCGUUUGAGCAAAACGCCCUCAGUUCAAACAACAAAGACAGAGGAAACUUGCAACUGAUAAUGCAGGAAGAGAAAGUCACCGAAAAGACGGCGCAGUCCGACGGUCCAAACAUCCAGCUGCAACUGCUGCAGGUCCUUCAGACCGUUUCCUCCAGCCAAGACCUUUCAAUGCUUCAGGAGGUGAUGGACACUUUAAACAGCGCUCUGGGGGGAGACUCUCUCGGGGGAGACUCCAUGGGGGCAGGCUCUCAGGGGGAGCGGUGGCACACACUGGAGAGCAUCAAGGAGGAGAGCUCAGAGGGAGAAGAUGACUCGGGUCUCUGCCGCUCUGCUGCAGACAGUCAGCCACCGUCUCCUCAGUCGUCGGGCAGCUCAGAUGUCUGCAGAGUUGAGGAGGUCAAAAAUAAGCUCUUCUCCAUCCAGGAUUUUUUGGAGUGUGUGGGGAGACUGCAGGAUCAUGCAGAUGUUUUAGAAGAUGUCAGAAAAGACCUUCUAAAUCAGGCACCCACUGGCGACAACAUGGAAGAACUGCAGAUUCAAAAGGAUGAAUUUCAGUCUCUGGAGUCCCAAUUCACUCGACUGGCUGGUGUUCUGACAGCAGACCAGAAGAAAGCCCAAAACCUCUUAAAUUCCACUGAUGAGGACAUUCCCACACAGAUCCACCAAGAUUUGUCCUCGACAUAUCUGGAUUUAGAGACAGAUUUUACAGCUGUUUCCCAAAUGUUUGGAGAAAGGAGUUGCUCCCUAAUCCAGGCAAUGGAAACUGGAAAGAUUCAUUUAGAGUCAACGUACCAGAAACAUCUUAGUGACCUUGAUGAACUGGCGGCUCUCGUCCAGAACAACCCAGGAAUGUGUGACGUGGAUUUAAAACCAUGUGAUGUGGACACACUGAAACAUUUCAUUCAGCUGAACAGGGACUCAGAGAGCAACCUGCUUAAAGAAGCCAGGCUCAAGUUAGAGGACGUCACGUUCGAUAUCCAAUGCUUUAUUUCGGAGCACGCUCAGUUUCUGAGUCCAGCUCAGAGCAGCUACCUCCUCAAGUUCCUAAGCACAACUCAGCGAGCGUUCAGGAACCACACAGAGAGGCUUGUCACCCAGAGGAGUGCCUUGGAUAGCCUUCUGGACACGAAGGAGAGGGAGAGCCAGGAGAAGUCUUUGUUGGAGAAACACAAGGACUUUGCUGAGAAGUUGGAGGAAGUGUGUGAUAAUCUCACCCUGACAGAAAACCAUCUGAUUGGUCAUCAGCAACAGGCUGGAAAUGCUGAGUGUGUCACAGACCUCCAGCAGUACCAACAGGAACACCAGGCUCUGCAAAAAGACGUGUCGACAAAUGCCAGCGCCUUGAAUGACGUCAUCGCCGGUACGAAAAGGUUUCUGGAGGAAAACCGGAGCAAGCUGACGCCCGAUCAAAUUGCCGUCAUUGAGGGCAAGUUGGAGGAGGCGAAAGGCAAAGUCAGAGUCAUUAACCAGCGAGCUGAGGAGUCCAGGAAAGAUUUGGAGAAGGUCGUUACCACAGCAAUCAAACAGGAGAGCGAAAAGGCAGCAGCUGUUGAGCGGCUUGAAGAGAGUAAGAACAAAAUCGAAGGUCUCCUCGACUGGAUAUCCAACAUAGGGAAUGAAAACAAGAGUGGUCUGGAUCAAACUGACCAUAUAAGUAAAGAGAAUGGAAACCUUCCAGAAGAAACCUCAGCCGCUCGACUGAUUGGAGCGGAUGACGAUGCCAAUGGAAACGCUUUACGGGCCAUUGAAAAUGAUUUUGGCAGAGAAACCAGCGGGAAAAACGAUGCCUCCCUGCAGCUCGAUAAGCAGUACGACAGGGUCAAGGCCCGUCAUCAGGAGAUUCUGUCCCAGCAGCAGGAUCUGAUUAUGGCCACCCAGUCAGCUCAGGCUCUGCUCGACCAGCAGGCAAACGUCCUCUCACCGGAGGAGAAGGAGAAACUGCAGAAGAACAUCCAGGAGCUGAAGGGACGCUACGAGGCCUCCCUGACGCAAGCCGAGCAGCAGAUGAAGCGGGUGCAGUGUGUCCAGGAGGAGCUGAAGAAGUUCCAGAGUGACUGCGAGGAGUUUGUUGGCUGGUUAGACCAGGCCGAUGUGCAGAUUGAGCAACUGGGCGCCGCCGCGAGCUCCCUCAACGUCUUCACGGACAAGCUCCAGCGACAGAAAAGCUUCUCGGAAGAUGUGAUUUCCCACAAAGGGGACCUUCGCUUCAUCACCAUGUCCGGACAGAAAGUGCUGGACGUGGUUAACGCCUGUGGAUCGGCUGACUCUGCGACGUCCAACGCCCUGUUGGAUGUUGACACUUCAGCAGCCGGCUCUGCUGUGAAGGACAGGCUGGAUUCAGCAGCCAGCAGAUACAAAACACUACAUUCACAGUGCAAUCAGCUCGGCAACAACCUUAAAGAUGUGGUUGAUAAAUACCAAAAAUAUGACAACUCGAGCGCCGGUCUGUUGAAGUGGCUCAACAGCUCAGAGGAGGAGGCGAGAAGUCAGCAAUCCGAGGCCAUAGCAGCUGACCCCAAAACCCUCCAGAAACAGCUGGAGGAGACCAAGGCCCUCCAAGGCCAGAUGACAGGACAUCAGACUGCCAUUGACACACUUCGCAAAGCAGCCGAGUCUUUGUUGACAUCUGAAGGAGACCUGCUGAGCAACUCAGACGACAUCCAGGAGACAGUAGAUGACAUAGUUGAGCGCUACGAAAACCUGUCCAAGUCUGUGAGUGAUCGAAAUGAGAAACUGCAGAUCACGCUCACUCGCUCCAUGAGCGUCCAGGAUGGUUUGGAUGAAAUGAUGGGAUGGAUGGAAGGAGUGGAGGCCAGCGUGAAAGACAGAGAGCAGAUCCCCCUGGACUCUGCAUCCAUUGGAGAUAUCCUCAGCAAAGAAGUGGCAUUGGAGCAGGACAUAGCAAGUCGCCAGAGCAGCAUCACUGCAAUGAAAGCCAAGGUGGAGAAGUUUGUGGAGACGGCGGAUCCCUCUGCUGCUGCCCUUCUGCAGACCAGGAUGGAUGCUCUCUCCCAGCGCUUCUCUGAUUCCUGUAACACGCAUAAGGAAAAAGUGUCCCAGUUGGAGCAGCUGAAGGAAAAGGUGGAACAGUUUGAGAAGGUUACAGAUAAAGUUCAGCAGUUUGUCAUGAAACGUUCACAAGAUCUGGAUGAGACAGACGGACCGGGGAAAACUUUCAAUGAACUUUCUCAGCUGAUUCAGAGCACUAAAGCCGAGAUGGCUGAACAUGCCGGUGAUUUGGAGAAGCUGCAGACUCUGACCGAGGAACUCUCUGAAAUAAGCCCAGACGUAAACAAAGCCCAGAUCCAGAACAAGAUGGAAAAGCUCUCAAGUAUUUUCAGCACCUUCACAGACACCGUCAAUGCAAAGACAGAAGAGGUGUCCUCAUGUCAGGACCAGCUGGGAGACUUCAGAUCUUCAGCCGGCGCUCUCACCAAGUGGCUGGAGCAGACCAAUGAGAAAGUACCUGCGGUUCAGCCAAGUAGCAGUGUGAAAACUCUGGAGAAGGACCUGCAGAUAGUCACUGAAUUACUAGAUGAGUGGACCUCCAAAGACGCUGCUGUCCAAGACCUGAACAGUAAAGGAUUGGAGCUGUCUGGCCUCAUGACUCUCCUUACAUCCCCCGCCAAGACAAAGACUCCUAACAAGUCAGUUCUUACUAAUGGUGGUGUUCCAGCGAGCCAUUCCUACCUAACAAAUAAAGAGCUGAUGGUAAUUCAGCAGAACAUGUCAUUCGUCACCGAGGGAUACGCGAGCCUCGGGGAGAAGCUGAAAGGCCGAGCAGUAGAGUUGAGAAGUUCGGUUCAGGAGGUCAAAGAUGCCCAAGAAGAGACGAACAACAUGUUGACAUGGCUGAGGGACAUGAAAAAGACUGCAGCAUCCUGGAACAGUGCGGCCACAGAAAAAGAUUCGGUGAAAACGCAACUUGAACAGCAGAGGGCAUUUGAGGAUGAAAUGAAACAAAAGCAGGACCAGCUCCAGAAGCUCAGAGAGACGCUCCUCAACCUGAUUGAGACUCAUCCGAACUCCCCUGAGGCUGCAAAGUGGAAGCAGAUGUUGUCAGAAAUAGAUGCUGCUUGGGAGGACGUCAGUGGCUCCGUAGAGGAGAGGAAGCAGCACCUGGAGCAGUCCAACAAAAACCUGGACAUCUUCCAAACAACCGAGCUGCAGCUUGUCCAGUGGCUCUCAGAGAAAGAGUUGAUGAUGAGUGUCCUUGGACCCCUCUCCAUUGACCCGAACAUGCUGAAGAUGCAGAAACAACAAGUUCAGAUCCUUCAGAAUGAAUUUAAGAGCCGUAAACCUCAAUAUGAGCAGUUUGAGGAAGCUGCCGCUGCCAUCCUGAGCUCCUCAGCCAACCAGGACCCCUCCAGUGGCAAGCUGGUGAGGGAGGGGCUCACGGCCGUCACCCAGAAGUGGCAAGGCCUCACGGGGCAGCUGGACCAGCGAGACAGCCAUAUCGACCGGGCCGCGGUGAAGACGGGGCAGUUUCAGGAGCUGCUGAGGAGCGUCGGUCAGACCGCCACUCAACUGGAGACUGAGCUUGCCAACCAUCAGGGCCACAGCACCCAGCCCGAAGCUGUCAAGAAGCAGUUGGAGGGUGUCCACGACAUCUCGGCACAGCUGAGAGAGGAGAGGAAGAGGCUGAAGGAGGCUGAGGCCAUCAACGCAGAGCUCACCGCGAUGGUGACUGAGGAUUAUCUCAAAGCAGACUUGGCCAGGCAGCUGGAGAGUGUCAGCAAGCCUUUCAAACAACUGGAGGAGAAAGCAGAAAAACGCAUCGAGCUGCUCAACUCAACCUUCGCCAGCUCACAGCAGUUCAUUCAGACCUCCAAAGACCUCCAGUCGUGGCUGGGCGAGAAGCUCCAGGACCAAUGUAAGCCCCAGCCCAUCUCUGCCAAAGUGGAGGUACUGCAACAAACCCUGGAGGAGCACAGUAAACUCCAAAAGGCUCUGAGUGAACACGAGGACGCUUAUAACACAAUCACUGGGGAAGGGGAGAUGCUUCUGCAGAACACCGACGGUGCAGAAAAGUUGGCUCUACAAGGGCAGCUCACGACACUCUCGUCCAACUGGGAGGAGGUGAAAAAGAGCUCCGUCGAACAGGCCGAUAAACUCCAGGCUGCUCUGCAGAAAUCUCUGAAGUAUCAGGAGCAUGCGGAGAAGCUCAGCUCCUGGAUUCAAGAGAUUGAAGCAAGCGAGGGCCGAGUGAAACUCACCGUGGAUCCGGUCGCUGUUGAGAGCUUAAUUUCUCAGGUGAAAACUCUCCAGAAGGAUGUCGACAAGCACAGAGGGAUGGCGGAGCAACUCAACGCGGACGCAGAUAGCCUUCUUGAGGUGGCCAACGCCGACACAGACGCUAUCAAGCUGGAGAAGGCUAGCAUUGGUAAAAGAGUGGACAAUGUGGUGGAAGGUCUGCAGACUAAAAGGGAGUCCCUGGAAAAGAUCUCACACACAGUUAAGGAAUUUAAUGAUGCCUACAAAGAGGCAACGGGUCAGCUUGAGGGGGCUAAGAAGCAGAUGGAUAGCUAUGAGUCACAGGGAGUGCAGGCACACAGCAACAAGAACUUUACCAACAUGAAAGCCCAACAUAAGAGUCUGGAGGGAGUGCAGAACCAAGUAGAGCACCUUAAGACCUUGGCCAAGGACCUUGUGAUUCAAGUCCCAGAUGCUGAUGGAGUAACUGACCUCUUACUGCAGGCUGACUGCAUAGAAAAAGACUACACCACCCUAAACAAGAAACUAGAAGACACAUGCCAAGUCCUGGAGGGUAAACUGCAAGGUAUCGGGCAGUUCCAAAAUCAAAUCCGUGAGAUGUUCACCCGUUUCACAGACCUGGAUGACGAACUGGAUGGCAUGGCUCCAGUAGAUCUGGACUUGGCCACUCUUAAGGAACAGCAGGACAGCAUUCAGAACUUUGUGGUAAAGCUGCAAGAGGUGAUGGCCAACACGGCCAAUGCUGGAGACAGCUGUAAGAAGAUGCUGCAGACCGAAACCUCACCUGACCUGUUAGGCCUCAAGAGAGAUCUGGAUGCCCUGAGUAAGCAAUGUGGUAAACUGUUGGACAGGGCCAAAGGCAGAGAGCUGCAGGUGCAGAGCACUCUCACCAAACUGGAGGAGUUGUACACUAAAGUCCACCAAGCAGAAGAAAAACUGUGCAGUGCUGUGGGCAAGGAAGCAUCGCAGGAAGCAGUCGGCAUGGAGACAGACAUCAUCAACCAACAGCUGGAGGCCUUUAAGGCUUUUCAGAAAGAGGACAUUGAGCCGCUGCAGACGCAGCUUCAAGACAUCAGCUCCCUCGGUCAGAGCCUGAUCCAAAACGCUGCCAAAGGCACCAGCAUCAAGAAGCUUGAGCAUGACCUGGAGGAAGUCAACACAAAGUGGAAUACCCUCAAUAAGAAGAUUGCGGAGCGCUCAGCCCAGCUGCACGAAGCCCUGCUGCACUGCGGGAGGUUCCAGGAUGCUCUGGAGUCAUUGCUCAGCUGGUUGACGGACACAGAGGAGCUUAUGGCCAAUCAAAAACCCCCGUCUGCAGAAUUCAAAGUGGUCAAGGCACAGAUACAAGAGCAGAAACUCUUGCAGAGACUGCUGGAUGACAGAAAGCCAACAGUGGAGCUGAUCAAAAAAGAGGGCGAGAGGGUUGCAGAACUAGCAGAGUCCGUGGAUAGAGACAAAGUUGCAAAAGAGAUCGAAUGCUUGGGCCAGAGGUGGGACACUCUGCUCAAGAAAGCUGAAAACAGGCAAAAGCAACUGGAGGUCAUCCUCGCGGUCUCUCAGCAGUUCCACGAAACACUGGAGCCCCUCAGCGAGUGGCUCGCUGCUACAGAGAAGCACCUGGCCAACUCCGAACCCAUCGGCACCGAGACGUCCAAGCUGGAAGAUCAGAUUUCUCGGCAUAAGGCUUUAGAGGAGGAGAUUAUGAAUCACAGUAAAGACCUGUUACAGGCCGUCAGUUUCGGUCAGAUGCUCAAGACGGUGAGCUCGGGGGAGGAAAAGGAGUCGGUGCAGUCAAAACUGGACUCUGCCCAGGCGGGUUACAUAGAGCUCCAGGAGCGAUGCAGGAGGAGAGCCGAGAUGCUGCGGCAGGCUCUCGCCAACGCCCAGGUGUUUGGCGAGGACGAAGUGGCCCUCAUGAACUGGCUCAACGAGGUGCACUCGAGGCUGGGCGAGGUGUCCGUGGAGGACUACAAAAUAGAAGUUCUUGAAAAGCAGCUGGCAGAACAAUGGGAGCUACAAAGUGAUGUUGUGUUGAGAAAGAAGAAUGUGGAUCAAGCCGUAUCUAACGGGAUGGAGCUUCUGAAGCAAACUACAGGUGAUGAGGUUGUUGUCAUCCAAGGCAAACUGGACGGAAUAAAAGCGAAGUACGCAGAGAUCAACUCUUUGAGCGACAGCGUUUUGAAGACGCUGGAGCGGGUUUUGGGUCUCUCUACUAAGCUAAAUCAGACCCAUGAGGACCUUAGCUCCUGGCUGGAAAAAGUAGAGGAUGAGAUCAGCGCUUUUGCUGAUCAGCAGCCAGCAGGCGAGCAGCUCAUUCAUGCACAAAGCAGGCAGAAGGCCUUGUUGAAGGAGAGCAAAGACCAAAAACCUGUGAUGGACAAGCUGAACGAGCUGAGCAGCUCUCUGCUGGAUCUGAUCCCCUGGCACACGCGUGUGGGUCUGGAAAAGCUAGUGGCUGAGGAUAAUGAGCGCUACGCCGCCGCGCGCGACACCUGCACCCAGCAGGUCGAACAGAUCAACGCCGAUAUACUCAGGUCCCAGCAGUUUGAGCAGGCUUCAGACGCUGAACUCUCCUGGCUGACUGAAGCUGAGGGGAAGUUGCUGUCGAUGGGAGAGAUCAGGCUGGAGCAGGACCAGACCGCAGCGCAGCUCCAGGCCCAGAAGAUUUUCUCCAUGGACAUUAUGAGGCACAAAGAUGCUGUGGAUCAUAUUGCGAAAACAGGAAAGGCCAUCAUGAACAGCAAAAACCCAGGCGAGAAGGAAAUCUUGGAGGCCAGGAUCCAGACUCUCUUGGAGAAGUACAGCACGGUCAGUCAGCUGAACUCGGAGCGCUGUCUGCAGCUGGAGCGCGCCCAGUCUCUGGCCAGUCAGUUCUGGGAGACCUACGAGGAGAUGUGGCCGUGGAUUCAGGAAACCCUGAGCGCCUUCAGCCAGCUGCCGCCCCCCUCCAUCGAGUACGAGACACUCAAGCUGCAGCAAGAGGAGCUCAGGCAAAUGCGAGAGCUGAUUGCAGAGCACAAGCCUCACAUCGACAAGAUGAAUAAGACCGGGCCUCAGCUCCUUGAACUGAGCCCAGUGGAGGGACUCCCCAUCAGAGAGAAGUACACGGCCACCGACCGACUUUACACCAAACUCAAGGCCGAUGUCAAGCAGCGAGCUGCUACUCUGGAUGAUUCCAUCUCCAAAUCCACCCAGUUCCACGAUAAAAUUGACCCGAUGCUGGAAUCCCUGGAACGGAUCGCUGAACGCCUGCGGCAGCCGCCGUCCAUCUCUGUGGAAGUGGAGAAGAUCAGGGAGCAGAUUACUGAAAAUAAAGCCGUGUCUGUGGAUCUGGAGAAGCUGCAGCCCUCUUAUGAGACACUGAGGCAGCGAGGCGAGGAGAUGAUCGCCCGAUCUGAAGGAUCAGACAAGGACAUGUCGGCCAAAGUUGUACAGGACAAACUGGACCAGAUGGUGUUCCUCUGGAACGACAUCCAGGCUUUGCUGGAGGAGCGGGAGGCGAAGCUGCUGGACGUGAUGGACAUGGCCGACAAGUACUGGUGCGACCACUGCGCCCUCAUCGUCACCAUCAAAGACAGCCAGGACCUGCUGAGAGAGCUGGAGGAGCCCGGAGUCGACCCGUCGGUCGUCAAACAGCAGCAGGAGUUUGUCGAGGGUUUUAAGGAGGAGAUCGAUGGGCUGCAGGAGGAGCUCGAUGUGGUUCAAAACCAGGGUGCAGAGCUCAUGACGGCCUGCGGGGAACCCGAUAAACCCGUCAUAAAGAAAAGUCUAGACGAGGUGAACUCAGCAUGGGAAAAUCUCAAUAAGGCUUGGAAGGAAAGAGUGGAGCGGCUGGAAGAAGCCAUGCAGGCUGCUGUCCAGUUUCAGGAUGGCCUGCAGGGUAUGUUUGACUGGGUGGAUAUUCUCGAGAGCAAACUGGAUUCAAUGUCACCCGUGGGCACGGACCUGGAAACCGUCAAGCAGCAGAUUUCAGAACUCAAGGAUUUCAAAGGAGAGGCGUACCAGCUGCAGAUCGAGAUGGAGCGGCUCAACCACCAGGCAGGCCUCCUGCUGAAGCAGGUGACGGAGGAGGCCGAUCGAUGUGCCAUUCAGGAGCCAAUGUCUGAGCUCAAAAUGCUCUGGGAAAGUCUGGACGAGAAGAUCAUCAGCCGGCAGCACAAACUGGAGGGAGGCCUUCUGGCGCUGGGACAGUUCCAGCAUGCACUGGACGAGCUGCUGGCCUGGAUGAGCCACACCGAGGAGCUGCUCAAUGACCAGAGGAAGGCGGGGGGAGACCCCAAAGCUGUCGAGAUAGAGCUCGCCAAGCAUCAUGUUCUACAGAAUGAUGUGUCGGCUCACAAGGCAACAGUGGAGACGGUCAACAAGGCCGGUAAUGAUCUGGUGGAGUCGAGUGCUGGUGAGGAAGCUUCUGGUUUGCAGAGCAAACUGGAGAACCUGAACCAGCGGUGGAAAGCCAUCCAGGAGAAGACAGGACAGAGGAAGCAGCAACUACAGAGUGCUCUGCUUCAAGCCCAGGGUUUCCAUGGUGAGAUAGAAGAUAUGCAGCAAUGGCUGAAAGACACAGAACGUCAGCUGUUGGCAUCAAAGGCUGUGGGAGGCUUACCAGACACGGCGCGGGAGCAGCUUAACGCCCAUCUGGAGUUGUGUUCUACCUUUGAGGUGAAAGAGGAGCUGUAUCAGGAGCUGAUGAACAAGGGUCACCAGAUGCUCGCAAUCACGCCCGAGGGUCCGGACAGCAACACGGAACAGGACCUCGCCAACCUGAAGGACAAGUGGGAAGCUGUGCAGGGGAAGUCCGCUGAGAGAACGGUGAAACUAGAAGAAGCCUUGGCGCUGGCCACGGAUUUCCACAACUCUCUGCAGGACUUCAUCAACUGGCUGACCACAGCGGAGCAGACGCUGCACAUGGUUUCCCCUGCCUCCCUAAUACUGGACACCAUCAUGUUUCAGAUCGAUGAGCAUAAGAUGUUCGUGACAGAGGUGAACUCCUACAGGGAUCACAUCAUUGAACUGGACAAGACAGGAACACAUUUGAAGUACUUCAGCCAGAAACAGGAUGUGGUCCUGAUCAAGAACCUGCUGCUCAGCGUGCAGGGCCGCUGGGAGAAGCUGGUGCAGCGGUCUGUGGAGCGAGGUCGUUUGUUGGAUGACGCAAGGAAGAGGGCAAAACAGUUCCAUGAAAGUUGGAAUAAACUGAUGGAGUGGUUGGACGAGUCUGAGAAGACUCUGGACUCAGAAGUGGAGAUUGCCAACGAUCCAGACAAGAUCAAGACGCAGCUGGCUUUACACAAGGAGUUCCAAAAGGCUGUGGGCAGUAAACACUCAGUGUACGACACCACCACUCGAACAGGACGGGCCCUGAAAGACAAGACCUCCCUCCAGGACGACAAUCAGAAGCUGGACGACAUGCUGAGUGAACUUAGGGACAAAUGGGACACCGUCUGUGGCAAGUCAGUUGAAAGACAAAACAAGCUUGAGGAGGCCCUGUUGUUCUCCGGCCAGUUUACAGAUGCUCUGCAGGCUCUCAUUGACUGGCUGUACAGAGUGGAACCCCAGCUGGCGGAGGACCAGCCCGUACACGGAGACAUUGACCUGGUUCUCAACCUGAUAGACAACCACAAGGUGUUCCAGAAGGAGCUGGGAAAGAGGACAGUGACCGUCCAGGCCCUCAAGCGCUCAGCUAAGGAGCUGAUUGAAAGCAGCCACGAUGACUCGUCCUGGGUCAAAGCCCAGAUGCAGGAGCUGAGCACUCGCUGGGACACGGUGUGCAACCUCUCGGUGUCCAAACAGGCCCGGCUGGAGCAGGCCCUGUGUCAGGCGGAGGAGUUCCACUCCACGGUUCAUAUCCUGCUGGAGUGGCUGGCUGAGGCAGAGCAGAGUCUGCGUUUCCAUGGCAGCCUGCCUGACGAUGAGGAGGCUGUGGAGACGCUUAUCGAACAACACAAGGAGUUCAUGAAGAAACUGGAGGAAAAGCGAGUGGCUCUGAAUAAAGCAACCAGUAUGGGGGAGGCUAUUCUCAUCAUCUGCCAUCCAGACUCUAUCACAACCAUCAAACACUGGAACACCAUCAUUAAAGCCCGACUUGAAGAGGUGCAGGCUUGGGCCAGACAGCACCAGCAGCGACUGGCCUCGGCCCUCACUGAGCUGUUAGCCACUCAGGACCUGCUGGAGAAUCUGCUCACCUGGCUUCAGUGGGCUGAGUCCAACCUGGACGAUAAGGACAAGGAGCAGCUGCCGCAGGAGCUCGAAGAGAUCAAAAGCCUCAUAGAAGAACACCAGGCAUUCAUGGAGGAAAUGACCAGGAAGCAACCAGAUGUUGACAAAAUCACCAAGACACACAAAAGGAAGGCUGCUCUGGAGCCGCCGGUCCAGUCUCACAUCCCUGUGCUCGACAAGGGAAAACCCGGGAGAAAACGCUCUCCCACACAAACAAUGUAUGCGUCAGCAACACAAGCUCCCAUUGAAACCAAGAACCCGCGGGUCAACCUACUGGUCACUAAGUGGCAGCACGUGUGGCUGCUGGCGUUGGACAGACGGAGGAAACUCAACGAUGCCAUGGACAGACUGGAGGAGGUAAAGGAAUUCGCCAACUUCGACUUUGACGUGUGGCGGAAGCGCUACAUGCGCUGGAUGAACCACAAAAAGUCCCGUGUCAUGGACUUCUUCCGGCGCAUUGACAAAGACCAAGAUGGCAAGGUGACCCGACAGGAGUUCAUAGAGGGCAUCCUCUCCUCCAAAUUCCCCACCAGUCGUCUGGAGAUGAGCGCUGUGGCGGACAGAUUUGACAGAGACGGGGACGGCUACAUUGACUACUAUGAGUUUGUGGCGGCUCUUCAUCCGAACAAGGACGCUUACAAACCGCUGACAGAUGCUGACAAAAUUGAAGAUGAGGUUACGAGACAAGUGGCCAAAUGUAAAUGUACAAAACGAUUUCAAGUGGAGCAAAUUGGUGCAAACAAAUAUCGGUUCUACCUUGGAAACCAGUUUGGUCUGGUUCACUGCUUACAUGACUCCCUAAUCGGCGAAGAGAUAUUAGCAAACAGGGAAAAUCAAAAUCUUACUCCUCACCUACACGUUGCAGUUUUGGAAAGCUGUAUUCUGUUUGGAGACUCUCAGCAGCUGCGCUUGGUACGAAUCUUACGCAGUACUGUGAUGGUGCGUGUCGGAGGGGGCUGGAUGGCUCUGGAUGAGUUCCUGGUGAAGAAUGACCCCUGUAGAGUCCAUCACCACGGAAGCAAAAUGUUGCGCUCGGAAUCAAACUCUUCGAUUACUCAGUCUCCUAUAGGUUGGCAAAUCUCAAACCUUCUCACCAUGCUUCAUGAACCCACCUGUGCUAAAGGGAGGACAAACGUGGAGCUGCGAGAGAAGUUCAUCCUCCCAGAGGGAACCACUCAGGUGAUGGCGAGCUUCCGUUACAGAGGUCGGAGAUCGCGCCCGUCAUCUAGAGGAGCUUCUCCCAACAGAUCCACCUCCAGUCAGAGCUGUGCGGUCCCAUCAGCGCCAGCAGUGACCAGUACGCCAAAGACUCCCCAACACAUAACCCGCAAUUAUGAUAAGCCCUGGCUCACAAACAGCAAACCCUCCACUCCUCUUAAAUCAUCAGACUCCUUUGGGAGCCAAGGUUCAUCCUCAGAGGGAACACCAGUUCAAGGAAGCAAGUUACGUCUUCCUGGGUACUUGUCAGGCAAAGGAUUUCAGACCGCUGAGGAGGGAACCUUGAUCAGCGCUGCGGUACUCAAAGCUCGGACACAGACAAUAGGUGAGUCAAGAAAAAAUCCGAGCCGGCCCGGAAGUAAAGCAGGGAGCCGAGGCAGCAGCCGCCGAGGAAGUGACGCCUCUGACUUUGACAUCUCAGACAUCCAGUCUGUGUGCUCGGACGUUUCUGAAACAGUGGGCGACUCGACCAGAGCGACGUCGCGUUCUGCGUCCCGACAGCAUGGAGGAAAACCCUCCAAGAUCCCCACUCCGCAGAGAAGAACCACUCCCACGAGCAAACUGGCUAAGGGGCUCAAGCGAUAGUCAGUGGCCUUGGAAAAAACAACAAAACAAAAACGGGAGCUAGUUGCACCUUAAACGGACACUGGAGACAUCUAACUUAAAAGACUGAAAAUUAUGUUGUUAUUUAAAUCAUUGCGAAGAUGUAAAAUAUUCUGUUGUGAGGCAAUAUGGUUUAAUAUUAUGUGAGAAUGAAAUGUUAAUGGCCUUGCAUUUUAGUUUUUAAUGUAUUUUACUUUUUGUGAAAUGUUUAAAAUUGUUUUUAUUGUAUUUAAUUUUAUUCUAUUGAUGAGAAAACCUGUAGAGGUUUGAUGGACACUAGAAAACCUUGGAAUGUUGUAUGGUUAGCUAACAUUUCUAAAAACACUAAUGAAGGGCAACACGCGGGUUAGCGCUCUGAGAGUUACUGAAUGUACUGUGAUUUAUGUUUGCUGAUGUUUGGAGAAGAUGGUGCAUUAUGUUACCAUUGAGGCACUGCAAUUAUACAUUUAAUUGAUAUGAUAUACUGCCAACAUGCAUUUAAAGGGCAAUGCAAUAUACGUCAAUAAACCCCAGUAAGCACUGCAGAAACCUUCGAACACACUAUUUAAGGCAAGUAGCAGAAACAUCCUAACCAUAAAGCUUUUACGUCCUGUUUGUUGGUGUCAGUGCAGUCCCAGUUUCAUUUGAGGGGGGGGGGGCACUCCAUGUAGACAUUUUCUUGUGCAUCCAUGUCAAUGUAUGGUUCAUUUCGGUAGAGCUGAAAUUGUCACUGUAACAUUACUUUGUAAUAAACCUGCUUGCAGAAAGGCACCAGAGGCUAAUGUA